CCGAGGCUCCGCGUUGGAGGGGCUGACGCUCCGCGUCCCGCCAUGUAACGCGCCGCCGCUCCGCUCCCCCGUCCCCACCCCCUUCCCCCCCCCCGCCGCCGCCGCACUGCUGCUCGUCGCUGCUCGCCCGGCUCCGCCCGCCCGGGAUGGGGGCCCGGCGCCCGGCCCGCCGCGGCGGACCCCGGCCAUGAAGGGCGGCGGGGGAACCCGUCCCAGCACCUGCCCGCCGCGAGCGGACUGCGACGCCCGGGGACCGGCGGGGCUCCUCCUCGCUUACUGCUAUGGACAGUGCUAUCACGCUGUGGCAGUUCCUCCUUCAACUCCUCAAAGAGCCUCAGAACAAGAAUAUCAUCUGUUGGACCUCCAACGACGGGGAGUUCAAACUGCUGCAGGCAGAGGAGGUGGCCAGACUCUGGGGAAUCCGCAAGAACAAGCCCAGUAUGAACUAUGAUAAACUCAGCCGUGCUCUCAGAUACUAUUAUGUGAAGAAUAUCAUUAAAAAAGUGAAUGGUAAGAAGUUUGUGUACAAGUUUGUUUCCUACCCGGAGAUCUUAAAUAUGGAUCCGCUUGUGGUGGGCCGUAUAGAAGGAGACCCUGAAGUGACUGGUUUUGCAGAGGUCAGCAGUGCUGCAAAGGAUAUGGAAAGCUGUGGGAAGGAGAAGUCUCAGUCAUGUGCUAAAUCCUCCAGCCGCAAUGACUAUAUCCACUCAGGCUUGUACUCCUCUUUUACUCUGAACUCCCUCAACUCUUCCAGAGUAAAACUCUUCAGGUCCAUCAAGAUUGAGAAUCCAGCUGAGAAACUGACAGAGAAGAAACCUGCUCAGGAUCCAACACCCUCGGUCAUCAAGUUUGUAACCAUGCCCUCCAAAAAGCCUUCCUCUGUGCCCCUGGUCUCCACUACUUCCACGAUCUCUGCCGCUUCCACUGCUUCUGCCACUUCAACCACGUCCUCGCUUCCCUUGGGAUCAGAAGAAACUCUCCAGACCUUGGAGACGCUUGUUCUACCCAAGUUAACUGUCCCUGAAGCUCCAGCACCUUUGCCAAACUUAACCACCAGCUUCACCCCAACUCCACCCAUAUCCUCAGUUUCUCCCACUCUUCAGGUUCCUUCCACGCCCCCGUCACCGCCCUUGAGCUCCAAUCCUGACCUGGACAUUGACACGGACAUAGAAUCCGUGGCUUCUCAGCAGCUGGAGCAGGCUCAGAGCCUUCAGCAUCAAUCCCCAGAGCCCAAAGAGCAGGAUUCAUCUGUGCUGGAGAAGGAAUUUGCCAAUCACCUCUCCAGAUCUAAAAAACCCAAAGGGCUGGAGUUGGCUCCUACUCUUGUCAUUACAGGCAGCGAUCCAAGUCCACUGGGGAUUCUGAGCCCUUCUCUCCCAACUGCUUCUCUUACUCCAGCACUUUUCUCUCAGACUCCCAUCUUGCUGACUCCAAGUCCCUUGCUCUCGAGUAUCCACUUCUGGAGUACUCUAAGCCCCGUUGCUCCUCUCAGUCCUGCAAGGUUGCAAGGUGCUAAUACACUCUUUCAGUUUCCAUCAGUGCUGAACAGUCAUGGCCCAUUCACCCUGUCUGGACUGGAUGGACCCUCUACCCCUGGCCCAUUUUCCCCUGAUCUACAGAAGACAUAGCACACAAACUCAUGGAAAGGACAUACUGGCAAGCAAGGGGAAAGAUAAUGACACUUAACAUUUAACCAUGUUUUUUAAAUGAGCAAUUUCUAACUCCACAGAGAUUAUCAACAAUCAUCGUUUUUGCCAUUCCCAAAUCAAAACACCCUUUUUGCAAAAUGCCCUUUUUUUGAAGACCCAGGUUGGGAAUGUGUAUGCAAAGGCCUUAAUAGGAGCUGCAGCUCCAGUCUCUUCUCUUCCCUCCUUGGUUUGGAAGACUUCACUAUGGUCAAAGGGAGUUUGAGUUGGUGUUGCAGUAACUGAGUCUGCACCCAUUGCAGUGCACAGUAUCGAAGUCUUUCCUCUGUGACUCUUGGGAAAACCCCUCUGUUCUCCUGCUUCCUGUGCUUGGCAAGAAGAAAAUCUUAUCAUGAUCGAAGCUGGCAUUUCAGGAAAUGCUUGGAAAAGGGGUGUGUGCACUCAGCUUUGCCUUUGGGGCCUGAUAACUUCUGCAGCAACAGAACAGCCAGCGUCUUUUCUGCUGUAAAAACAUCUUGUCUUUUUGCAGGGAGAACUUUUCAAGGGAUAUUCAGUGAUUGUGUUACUGACAUAACGAGACAAUUUUUGAAUGGCAUUGUAUACUGGCAGUCCAGCCCCUCAGAGAAGUGCUCUGGCUGACUUCUGGAGGCUUCCAUGCCCUCCCUUCGGUGAGGAGGCAAGGUCUGGAGGCAAACGAACGGUGGGAUUAGUUCCUUUCAGUUCUCAGAAAGUUCGAAUGCUGAAGUCCAAACAUUUCUUGUGCCAGAGGCCUGUUACAAAGGCUGUAAUCUCACUGCUGGAAGAUUAGCAGGAUGGUGGAUUUACACAUGUGGUUUUGAGGGUGUGUCUGUGUUUGGUGAGGUUGCUGCCUGAUGCUGGAGCUUCAGACCCGAGCAGUGGGUGAGAACAGUAACGUCUGAGCAUUAGGUGUUACUGCUCUCUUCCCACAGUUGAAGUGGAGAAGCUCUUCUACCAGCUCUUAACUCAAGUUUGGCAUUAGAUCUAUUGCUUUCUAAAUUUGUGGAAGCACUCAGUCCCAAAAUAAGUCAGGCUCAGUGUGUACAGGGAGCUGAGAGGGGUGCCACGGCCUCGUUGUACAUUUGGGCUUGCAUUCCUUUUCUUGGUGCCCAUGUGUGUGUGUGGAUUAGUACAAGAUUACUUUCUAGAGCCAUUUGAAACACUCAUGAAAUGGAAUUUGUAGUUAGGUUUUUACACUUGAGGAGGCCUUUUAAGAGAACUGAGGAAUGGAGGAGAGAGGCUCCUUUCACAGCUCCUCAGACGCUGGAUGCCUUGACCUGUGCCCUUCCACUUUGGGCAUCUGAUAUCAGGCAGCAACUUCUGUUUGCUACUGUGUGCAUUGAGUUGGUGACAUAAGACAAUCUCCUCCAUAAAGUACCUGCUAGAAAACAGAUGGAGACCAUCUCAUCCCUUUGGCAUCCCCACAGGCUGUCUUCAAAGUUGGAGUGAGCAGAGGAAGAUUGUCCCUUUCCAGCAGGAGGAGCUGACAGUGCACGCUGUAUAUAUCACACCUGUCUCAUGGAUACGUGGGGAACUCGAGCUUUCCAGAGUUUUCCUUUUGCCACUUUUGCAGACUCUGAAUUCACCCUCAAGCCUGUGACAAUACCCAAGACUUCAUUUACUGCAGUGACGUUAUCUUUCUAUAUUCUAGCAUUGAAAUACGUAAACCACUUAGGAUGUUCCUGACACCCGAGACAGGGGGGUGUGAUGGAGUUGCUUUUUGGGCAUUGUUCAUCCAGAAAGUCCCCUGCCUGGUGGGAGGUGGGAGACAAGAGAAUGCCUUCUUUAGGUGGAGAUGGCAGGGAAGUGAGCUCAUGGGAGUGAACCGUCUUCCUGUUGGGUUACGUCAAGAGGCAUAAUACUGCUUUGUGUUUUAGACAUCAGCAGAUGCAGGAUAAAAGUUCCUGUGCCAGCAGCUCUUAAAAUGACAAUGUGCAAUAUUGACCUUUUUCUUUUUUAAAUGCAGAAAGCAAGCUGCAGAUCAUAAUUAAGAGCAGGCAUCUGGAAUUUUCUGGUUUGCAUGAUGGCUUAUGAGUCUGCUUUAGAAAAUAUAUAUAGCUAUAUAUAAAUAGCAGCACUUUUAAUGGUUGUUUUAGGUUGGCCAAUUUGAUGCCCACCAAGUGUGUGGAUUUGAGAGCAACAUUGCAGACUAGGAUUAGAGUUUAAAACUAAUUAAUGAGCACUAAAGACUUGCAAUUUAAUUGCUUCCCUUCCCUUGUCCCCUAUGGAGAAAAGCCAAGUUUAUUUGUGUAAAAGUUGUGUGUGUGCACACAUGCACUUAAUUAUUUGUAAACUUUUAUCACUUUCAUGCAUAGGUAUGCAGGAGAACCAAAUGCUGACGUAGCCUGUGAGUUGUGCUUGGCCUGGUUUCAUGCUCUUCUCCAAGCAGCUUUAAGAUUGCACUGCCAUAGCUGGUGGAGACACACAUUCACCUUUGGGAAUACCUCCUGCAGAGAACAGGAAAAUGCAGCCUUGUCCGAGUUGGUUUCAAGGUGGUAAUAUCCAGCUUCCUGACAGAUAGCACUAAGGAGAUGAUUGCUUUUGCUUCUUAAGCACCUGCCUAGGAAAGUAUGUCCUGUACAGGAUUAUAAUCUCAGGAGGCAGUUGGGAAAGCAGGUUGAAAAGGGAGAGGAGGGGAGAGAGGAGCGCCUUGCUCACCUUUUCUCCACGGCAACUUUCAGGUCACUUAAGGUAAUAUUAUCUUGUAUAUAUGCUGCCUCAUUAAACACAUAUUUACUAACAAAUAUGUAACUGCCAGCUUUUUUGGGUCACAUUCCUGACUGAGCUUGGUUCUGUGAAUUGCUGGUGCUCCACUGGCUCAACUUCAAGAGCAUUUUGCAGCUCGUCACAACUUGUUUUUACUUUAGUGUAGGGAAGGUAGGGGUUAAUGUAGGCUCUCUUUUAAUUAUCCUGGUUGUCUGUUGUAUGGGAGUAGUACCUUGUUGGUUUAGAAAAACUACUAGUUGCAGCAUUACAGAACCAAUCUCUUAUGUUCCAGUUGGUGUUGCUGAGGUAGCCAUGGUGGUGGUGGACUGGAUGAGCACAGAAGCUGAACAUCUGUCCUGCUUCUGGAAAUCUCUUGUUCGUGUCACUGCUGCUGUGUGACAGCACUGUAGAGCUGGAAAGCUUGCACUGCUGUUGCUGGGUGUGCUCUGCCUGGCUCUUUUAUUUAGUUGAGAUCCUGAGCUGUCAGGAUGCCAGUAGCAACACGUGCUGCUAGCAGAAACAAUCCAUUGAAAGCAGAAACGUGUUCAGGAUCCCCUGAGGUUAGAGAACCAUACCUGUUCUGCCUUGGCUGUUCUCAGAGAGUGUGAUCCUAGUAAUGAGGGCAAUGGAGGAAAGUUGGUUUGGUUCCUUGUUAUUGUUGUUCUUAACAGCAGCUUCAGUGUAGAUACUUGUUUCAGAAGUCAGUCUGAAGCAGUGGUGCCUGAGUGUAAUUCCUAUGCAGUGUCUUUGGCACAUUCAGGUUGUGUUCUGCAGUAGGGCAGGAAGGAAUAAAACUCCUUGAGUUUGAGAAUUCAUUGUUUUAACUUAGGAGCAUCCUAAGACUUCAGUACCCACAUACUUUGGUAUCAUGGAGCAUGCAUUACAAUAUGAAAGGCUUUGGCUCUUCAGUGGUUUGUUUGGGAUCAUUUCUCCCUCUGGUAUGUUUUCAAACCUCAGAUAGCCAGCAAACAGCUUCUCCUCAUUUUCUGUAGCGCUCAUUUUAACCCCAGUGAAGGCUGCUUGUGUUCCUUUACACACCUUUUCAACAUGCAGUGAGGUGCAUUAGUGUCAGAUCCCCUCACAACACCAACUUGCACGGGAGAACUUCUGCAGGCUGAGGUGGGAUGAGAGAGAUAGCUUCAGGUGAGCACAUGGGCAGAGUUCUGACCCACUUUUGUAGCAUUUUUUCUAGUGCUGAGAUCAAAACCUAGAGUUCUGAGAGUCUGUUGGUUUAUUCCUAUCUCUUUUAGUUCCCUGUUUCAUAGCAUUUUUGUAUUCAUGUUUUACUAGACAACUUAACCUCUUCCAUUUUUAAUGCAUCUUUGUUUACAAGACACAUCUCAGUGUUGUAUCAAGAGGCUAUCUUGGUAUUGUCAGCUCUGAAAAUUAACUACAUCAGUAGUUAAGGAACAUUGUCCCAGUUGACACGUAUUUAAAACUUGAUGUUUGAGUUUUGAAUGUCCAUAAUGAUUUUGUUCUGUUUCGUUCCUUAGUUCUCUUCUUUAAGAAAUUAGAUGUACCUUCUGACCUCUGAGGUCCUGGCUAUGAAUAGUUUAUUUUGUCUUAAUGAUCACAGUGUGGUGUUGCAAACAAAACAGCCCAAGCCCCACAGGACCCUGCACUCGGCAGAUCAGUCGGAAGUCCGUUAGAACCGCAGUCGUGUUGCUUAGAAGCUAUUUGAGGUGUUUUAAAGAGGUGUCUUGCCUAAACAGGAAUUGUUUAUGGCUUGGUUUGAAUUCAAUUGAACGGUAAUUGGCAAUGGCUGCUGUUUUAGUCUGAACAACAUUAGCAGAUCUGCUUAGUGUGGAAGCCUUUGGCUGUCGCCGUCGAGCUUGAGCCGUGGUUAACGUGUGACAUGCUGAAGCUGAUCUGCUGAAAUCAGAGGCUGUUGGGUGAAGAUUAAAAGAUAAGAGGCAGUGGCAGUUGUUUCACACAGUCCUUCAGGGCUCUUACUGCAAAAGGCUUUGACAUCUGCGGUCACAGCAUUCCCCUUUGUUUGAGUGAGCAGUAUUGACUGUGUGGGAGCCCUUCCUAAAAGCUGAUUCUGGAUGGAGAAGGAUUGUUGAGACCAGAACCAACCUGCUUUGAGUUGUAAGGAUAUCAUACAGAAGCCACAGAGCUGCAGUAAUGGCAGUGCUGCCCUGUUCCUGCAAGCUGUGUUUAUCAUCUGCAGACCUUCUGUUGCAAUUCCUUGUCUUGGUGCCAUCUAAAGCAGAAAGGUUCAGCUUUGGCUUUGGCUGUCUCAUGGAUCUCGAACUGAGGAAUGUGGGUUUUUUUGCCUUUAUAUGAAGAACAAACAAAAAUAAGGGAGAACAUGUUCACUGCAGAACGUUGAUUGUUGCUUUUGGAGGAUGCAGCUUUGCUGACCUGUAACCUUGCUUUGCAACCAAAGCCAAAAUGUGACCUGCAAGGUAAGAAAGCUGGGCAGGGCCCACUGCUUUGUCUUGGCUGUGUGUGUGUGCUAACGUUGUUCCCUUUUGGGACAGCAAGGUGUUUUCUUCAUAUAAAUUAUUCUACCAAAAAAAAAAGAGGAAAACUGACUUAGAAUUUCUUGUUUACCCCCCUCCCAAAGAGUGUGGCAGAAGACUUGGACUGCAGAGCUAUUCCAGCCAUCUGAUAAAAGGCACGUUUUGAGAGCUGAAACCUUCUUUUUUAGAUGCACCAUGUAACUGAGACUGGAGUAGCUCUCUUCACGUGGACACAGCUGUGUGCACACACUCACUGCUGGGGGAUGUGUGGUCAUUACAGCCUCUGGCUUCCAGGUUUGUCUAAAUACCACUGCCAGUGGAUGCUCAGAGCAGCUCCGACACCCUGCAGUUGCCACUUCUCAAUGUUCUGCACACGCUGGGGAGGUUUUUCGAGGGCUUUGUUCCUUGGUUUGUUUUUAUUUAGUGUUCAGAAUACCACAGUGUGGACUAAUGAGUUGCCAAAGGUUCUUUUGAAAUGCAUUUGAUACGGUUGUGUGCCACAUCUGCCACUGAAAAGUGUCUUAAUGUGUGUGUCAGUAGUUCAGUGUCCACGGAACAAGUUGGGGUGUCUUUGUUACAUAAAACCAUUGCUUCUCCCUUGAGACCAUGAAGGUUUUCAUCUCAAAGCAGGGUUUGGGUUUUUUUGGCAAGGAGGUAUAACAGGAUAAUUAUGAACCUUCAGAAAACAAGAGGUCUUUAGUGGAGACUGAGCUGUGAGGAGAGGGGAGGAGAGAAGGUGGCAGGCGUUGUGCUCGGAGGCCCUUGCAGUCCUCGGGCAGCACAUGCAGCAGUGCUGGACUAAUAACUGGAAGCUGUUGGGUUUUAUUUUUGUUGUUGUUAUUUGGGCUUUAAUUUCUUUGUUUUUUUUGAACACAGGAUGGCUUUGAGGACGGCCUCUGCAUGGUUCCUAGUGUGUGCUGUGUGCUGGGGGCAGGGUGGGGGUGGGUUUACAAUACCUGGGGUUGCUCUGGGCUCCUUGACCUGUGUUGUGGGGUUUUUUUUUUUGGCUAGCAUGUCUUAAAAAGAAAAUCUUCAGGCUUUGAAAACUGCUUUUAUAGAAUUGUGUUGACUUUUUGUUCUGCUGUUGUUCAGUUGCACAGAGUUUUAUAUAUAUGAUGUAAUAGUUUUACGGUUAAUUCUCUGUGAACAGGGUUGAGAUUAUUCAUUGUAGUUUUAAAAAGAGAAAUAGAAAAGUUGUAUUCUAAAGCUCCCUUUAAAAGAAAACCAGAUCUUGUUUGUAUUCUGUUGCAGUGUUACCAGAUGGCCUUAUGUACGUCACAGUGUUUUGUGAUAAGUACAGUAGCACAUUUAAUGCUUAUCCUCCCCACCCCCCCUCUGUUUUUAUAGCUGAGAAGUAUAUUCUUAAUAAUAGAGGUGAAUCAACAGGAAUAUUCUAGCACCAUGCACGGUGAGGUCAGGGGUUGUCUCUGCCAGUGUGUGUGAGGGCAGCUGGAAUGAAGCCAGAGCUGAUGAUGCUGAAGAGGGGUUGUUAACUAGCCUGAGACUCAGCCUGGGGAAUUCUGAGCAUCUCUGAGCGAGCUGGUGGCAGAUGUGAACCCUCUGCCAGGAGCUUGUAAAUCAGAAAAGAGCUCUUGGCUUCACUGCAGUUGGCCUCACUUUGCAGCAGCUGUGAAGAUGGGCUCUGCAGCUUUUCUAAAGGCUCAGCUAGUCAGGGGCUGGAAGUUUAGCUUUUAGAGAGCUUGAGCAGCCUCAUCAGCUGGGGUCAUGUGUGAGGGCUGUUGCUCUGUUUCAUUGUUAAAGUGCACAUCUGUUUUGGAAAGUGACUUUCUGAUGCCUUCAAUGUUUACCCCUCAAUUGGAUUUUCAGGUUAACCCGGGUUCUUUGCAACAAGGUGACGUCUGCAGUGCUGUUUAUACCACAGCAGCCCUGACACCUGAGCUUUGGGGCAGACCAGGCAGACCUUCCUGGCAGUUAGAACUGACUCUUUGAACUCUGGAUUCCAUUUUACUUUCUUGUAAUUUAAUAGAACCAUCAGUGGUAAAAACUCCAUUGAAAGCAGCAGAGGUAACGUUUUCAGUUACUCUUUCCAGAACAGAACUGCAUUUUAUAUAUAUAUAUAUAUAUAACUAUAAAUAGAUAUAUAUAGUACCAAGUCAAGAGACAAAGCAAGUUAUGUUGUAGUGAGUUGUCUUAACUUCCUACACUGGAGACUUUUUCUAGACACAGGCUUUUAGAGACAACUGUAAUUCUCCGCCGCCUCGGUGCCCUCGUUACAGUUGGGUUGGACAUUGCCUGGGAGGGAAUAACUUCUCAGUCCAGCUUCUCUUUGAAAAGAACACCUUCUCAUAAGACUGAUCUUAAUGCCAUUGUGGUGGUUUUUUUAAAAUGAAAGAAAAAAAAUCUACUGGUAUGUGAUGCAAGUACAUAAAUAGCCAAAGUUUUCAGUAAUUGCUCAGUGUUACUAAAUUUGCUUGAUUUAACCUUCCAAGAUACAUUAGGAAGACCUUCAACUUGUUAAUAGAUUGAAAAGAAAUCUCAUGGACUAGAUAUGCAGUUCUUUCAACACAUUUCAGGUUUGAAUACACAUUUGGAGGCGAAGUUCAGAGAUGCAAAACCUCACUUUGGAGGAAGUGCCCUUGUACCGACACUCGGGAGUAACAAACGCUGCUUCUGAAAGUGGUGUGUUGGCAGUUGUUAUUCAAACAUCACCAAGGUCUUUCCUGAGGAAUCAGGUGACUUUUCUAUCGCUUCAAUUUUUGUGCAGAAGAAGAAAUAAUGAAAUCAAAUCAAUGUAUUGCAAUCUUUUUUAAACAUAGGGUGGGAACAGUUAGAGAAAACUAUUUUCUGUAAGAACUGACAGAGGGAUUUGCUUUGUAUAAUGCAAGCUGGCUUUAAAAACAAACAGCAUUGUAGCAAAUUAUUCAAGUCAAUCAUAUGUUAAUAGUUAUGUGCAACCAGACAUGCAAAACAAUUGUAUUUUUUUAAAUAAAUAUUUUUAACAAAA